AUGGUAGCACACAGCAAAGUGUCAGCAGAUAAUGCAGUUGCAGCAGACCCGAGAUGUCUACUUGACCCUCCAGUACCAGAUCGUUCACAGGCUCGGGGCUACCAUGGCCCAGGCCGGCCCAGCACUGUGCAGGCACAGAGCAACACACAUUUCCGAACCUUUCGCUCACAAUCGGAUUUUAGUAGCAUCACUCGAGCAAGCAGCCUGCUGGAUGCCUGUGGCUUCUACUGGGGACCUCUGACUGUCAAUGCUGCCCAUGAGAAGCUGAAGUCUGAGCCUGAGGGCACCUUCCUUAUCAGGGACAGCACACAAAAGAAUUGCUUCUUUGCCAUCAGUGUUAAGACUGCGACUGGGCCCAUCAGCAUCCGGAUAAAUUUUCAGACUGGACGUUUCAGCCUGGAUGGCAGCAAAGAGACUUUUGACUGUCUUUUUAAGCUGCUGGAACAUUACCUAAGCUCCCCGAGGAAGGUACUGGUUACCCCCCUGCGCAAAGUCCGUGUGCAGCCCCUGCAGGAGCUCUGCCGGAAGAGCAUUGUGAAGGCUUUUGGAAGAGAGAACUUAAACCAGAUCCCCCUCAAUCCUGUUCUAAAGGACUAUCUGAAAUCCUUUCCAUUUCAGAUAUAA